GGACGGGUCUCCUAUAAUUAAUGGAGGGGCGGGGUUUCCUAUAAAUUCUAGACAGGCGUGGUUUAUAGAAGAGGAAGUGAGAGAGCAACAGGUAAGACGGCAGACAGAGCAACCAUGCAGCUUUUUAUCAGUGGCCAGUCGCUUCACACCUUGGAUGUCUCUGACCAGGACACGGUGCUGGAUGUAAAGGCUCGUGUAGCUCAACUUGAAGGCCUUGUGGAUUGUGAUCUGGUGCUGUCCUAUGGAGGAGCGGCACUGGGGGAUGAUGUGCUUUUGUCUCAGAGUGGUGUCGGUGACCAGUGUACAUUGGACCUGGCAGGCAGACUUCUAGGAGGUAAAGUCCAUGGGUCACUGGCUCGUGCAGGGAAAGUGAGAGGACAGACGCCUAAGGUGGCAAAACAAGAAAAGAAAAAGAAGAAAACUGGCCGAGCCAAGAGACGCAUGCAGUACAACCGUAGAUUUGUCAAUGUGGUGCCCACGUUUGGCAAGAAGAAAGGCCCCAAUUCCAAUUCCUAAACCGGAUUCGCUUUCCGCUCUUUGGCAUUGCCAGGAAAACUGAUUCCUAAUUGACUUGAAUAUAAUUGUUUGCUGAUUUUGUAUCCUGUCAAAUGAUUUAAUAAAGCUGUCUAUUUUCAGAGCAGAAAA